AUAAACAGAAAUAGCAGCCUUUGAAGUUUUCACAUAGUAAUAUUGUUUUUAUUGUAUGACAGAUACAAAAAGUUCAUAUCCUAUCACCUUGUGAGAUUGGAUGGUUAUAUAAAGCCUGAUUUACCUCACAUCCUUUGCUUCAAAGCUGAGAACUGUAAAGUGGGUUAUCUGCAAACUUUCCAUUUUAACAGAAAAAAUGGGAAAUUUCCAUUUUCUUCUUCUCUUGGUUUUCUUCUCUUUUUCUUGUUUGUUCCAUGGAGGAAUCUCCAGAGCUGUUAAAUCCCAAGGUGAAUCAGAAGAAGUAUGGGGUUAUGUUGAAGUCAGACCAAAGGCACAUAUGUUUUGGUGGCUUUACAGAAGUCCUUACAGAGUUGAACAGCCUUCAAAGCCAUGGCCAAUCAUUCUUUGGUUGCAAGGUGGACCUGGUGCCUCAGGAGUUGGAAUUGGAAAUUUUGAGGAGAUUGGGCCAUUAAAUACGGAUUUGAAGCCAAGGAAUACCACUUGGUUGAAAAAAGCUGAUCUUUUAUUUGUGGACAACCCAGUUGGAACAGGGUACAGCUAUGUGGAAGAUACAGAGAUGUUGGUGAAAACUGAUAAUGAAGCAGCAAGUGAUUUAACUACUUUGUUGAUGCAAUUAUUUAAUAGAAAUGAAAGCCUCCAAAAGAGUCCAUUGUACAUUGUAGCAGAGUCUUAUGGAGGAAAAUUUGCUGUCACUGCCGGAUUAUCAAUUCUAAAUGCCAUUGAUGCUGGUAAAUUGAAGCUCAAACUUGGAGGAGUUGCCUUGGGGAAUAGCUGGAUCUCACCAGAGGAUUUUGCAUUUUCUUGGGGGCCUCUUCUUAAUGAUGUUUCAAGGCUAGAUAACAAUGGCUUGGAAAAAUCAAACAGUCUAGCUGAGAAGAUUAGCCAGCAACUCAAAGAUGGUCAAUAUACUGAUGCAACUGACACAUGGAGUCGACUUGAAUCUACAAUUGGUGCCAACAGCAAUUCAGUGGAUUUCUACAAUUUCCUUCUGGAUUCAGGGAUGGGACCUGUAGCUUUAACAACUUCAGCAUUUUCCAAUGGAGUUUUUUCAGUCAAUAGAUACUCAAGAUAUUUGAGUUCCUUAAGGGUUUCACCAGGCAAUGAUGGACCUGAUCUUGAUACUUUGAUGAAUGGGGUCAUCAAGAAGAAGCUUAAGAUUAUCCCUGAUAAUGUCACAUGGGGAGGGCAGUCAGACUUUGUUUUCUCAUAUUUGUCAGGUGAUUUUAUGAGGCCAAGAAUUGCUGAGGUUGAUGAACUCCUUUCAAAAGGAGUAAAUGUCACUAUAUACAGUGGGCAGCUUGAUGUGAUAUGUGCAACAAAGGGAACUGAAGCUUGGCUUGAUAAGCUCAAGUGGGAAGGAUUGAAAGAGUUUUUAAGCAAGGAUCGAAAUCCUCUUUACUGUAAAGAGGAUCAAGCCACCAAAGGGUUCAUCAAAUCAUACAAAAACCUGCAAUUUUUCUGGAUUCUUGGGGCUGGACACUUUGUGCCUGUUGAGCAACCCUGUGUAGCUUUAAACAUGGCUGCGGCAAUCACGCAAUCCCCAGCUGCAUCAACUUCAUAGACCCAAAACAAGAAAGAAAGAAAGAAAGAAUUGAUGGGAUUUAUUGACAUUUCAAUAACAAUGAAAAAUAAUAAAAAAAAGGGUAAAAACGACAAGGAAACAGAGGGAUUGGCUUAUCUUAUCUUCAGAAUUAGUAGUUCAGAAGCUGAGAGACUACACGUAAAGCAAUUAUUAAACAGAAGCAGGUAGAUUAUUGAUGCUAUUAUGUUGCUCUGCUCCAAGUUGUAAUUAUCAUUUACAGGAGAAGAAAAAAAAAAAGAAAAUAAGUGAAUUCCUUUGACAUAAAAAAUUGAUUUUAGAUAUUUAUGAUAUAAGCGAAAAUUAAAUUAUAA